AUGUCAGACACACGACAAAGAACCAUUAUUAAGGUUUUUCGUAAAUACGGCCUGUCUCUCGGACCUGAAGCACUGGAAUUUGUGGAGGAACUGCUCUAUCGCCACGAAAUUCCGGAUGAAGACGUAGAAUUCUCUAUUGAAUGGAUAGCGAAAGAGUACAAUAAGCAAGAUGAUGCACAGAUGAAAGUUUCACUGGAGGUUCUACAGAGAGUGUAUGAAGCCUUCCAAAGCUCAGGGGACAGUCAAGAUCAGACAGACCAUGAGCUCGUGGAUCCGGAAAGCCACCUUGCUUUCGUUGACGCCUUUGACAUGCCUUUGUGGCAUUGGUCUCCUGAGAGGAACGCGUUUGAAAGAACAACCGGUCCGCUCACGAUGUCCGGUUCUGCAGACUCUCGUACCAUGGCCAUGCGCAAUCGGCUCAACGUCAUCAGGCAAGCGGUUCUACGAAAUGAGCACUUCUCCCCAUCAACAUUACCAUCUCGUGAUCGGGAACAUUUGCUCACGUUGAGAUCCACAAAACAGCUCCUCGGACGCGCGGGAGAUCGCUUUUUGUUAUUCGGAAUGCUAUCCCAUUCGAAGGAAGGAAAACUCUGCCUCGAAGAUCAGGAUGGUGCUGUCGAGCUAGACUUUUCGCAAUUGGACCAACCCAGCGAAGGUCUAUUUACUGAGGGAUGUUUUGCGCUGGUAGAGGGUGAUUAUACUGAGGAUGCCACUUUUGUAGUGAUAGCCAUAGGUCAUCCACCCUGUGAAAGACGAGAUACAGCACGUUCAAUAUAUGGUCAUAUUGAUUUCCUAGGCAAAGGUUCGACGACCUUACUGGAAGAUGAACAACUUGCAGCUCGCGUAUGUAUGGAACUACCCGACUUGCGUUUCUUUGUUCUGUCAGAUGUAUGGUUGGAUCACCCAGAAACCUUGUUUGGAUUACGCAAGUUGUUGGACAAUUGCAUAGAGAAUAGCUUCAUACCGAAGGUGGUGAUCUUAUGCGGAAACUUUAGCAGUAGAGGCAUACCGCAAGGUAACAGCAGGGAAGUGCGGCGAUUUCAAGACAACUUCGACUCUCUAGCGGAAUUGAUCUCAAGUUACCCUUCAAUCACUCGUACAACGCACUUCGUCUUCGUCCCAGGACCCCUGGACGUCACUGUCAAUUCUGUACUGCCUCGCAUGCCCCUCCUAUCGGCCUUUGUAUCACGUCUCAAAUCUCGAAUUCCCAAAGUACACUUCGCAACGAAUCCGUGCCGUAUUAAAUUCUUCGAGCAAGAGAUCGUGAUAUUUAGAGAGGACCUAAUGUCGAAGAUGCUUCGUAACCUCGUUGGGGUAAAGCCGGAUGUUCGAAAUGAUGACCUCAAGCGUUAUCUCGUACAAACAAUACUGGACCAAAGUCACCUUAUCCCCUUGACAAAUACCAUCCAACCAGUAUUGUCCGACUUCGACCACGCGCUUCGCCUUUAUCCGUUACCGACAGCGGUCAUUCUCGCGGACAAGUAUGAUAGAUAUCAGAUGUCAUAUGAACACUGCCAUGUCUUCAAUCCUGGAAGCUUCGUCGGCAGCUCUUUCACAUUUUCAGCCUAUACCCCUUCACUCCAACAGUCCGAGGAAUGUAUCUUGAGUAUGGAUGGAGAGGAGUAA